AUGUUCAAGACAUUGAGCCUCCUCCUGUGUGCUUCGGCUGCAUGCGCCAAGCCCACGAUUCUCAAGAGGCAAGAUGUUGCUGGCGAGGUGGUUCCGGACAAGUACAUUGUGCAGCUCGCACCGAAUGCUGUGCUCGAUGACAAGCUCAUCCAGAAGCUCAAGGACGAGUCCGGAAUCAAGGUCAACAAAACGACAUCUUUCAACUUGGAUGGCUUGAAGGGGUUCACCGUCAAGGCCAACGACAGUGCCAUCGACUCUCUUGCCGAAUACAGCAGCCUGAUCUCUGUCGAACCCGUGACCGUCAUUCGAGCAGCGAUCAUUCCACGACAGGCUACCGCAGGGACGCUUGUUGCAAAAGAUGGCACUUGGGGCCUUGAUCGCAUAUCCCACAGAAGUUGGACAUACACGAGUCGAGAUUUCCCGGAGAACAAGACGGAAUAUAUCUACAAGUCUGUUGCGGGUGUGAAUACGGUCACUUAUGUCGUGGACACUGGCAUUUAUACUGCCCACAGCGAUUUUGGCGGCAGAGCUUCGUACGGAGCCAACUUCAUCACAAAUGAGGGACCUGAAGACAAGAACGGCCAUGGAACACACGUUGCAGGCACAAUCGGCGGCACUAAAUUCGGCGUCGCAAGGAGAGGGAAACUCGUCUCUGUCAAGGUCCUGAAUGUCAAUGGUACUGGUGACCUUUCAGGAAUCAUCUCGGCUCUCGACUGGAUCAACAAGGACGUCGCGGCUAAUAAAGCCAGUCGUCGUGGCUCGGUUGUCAACAUGAGCAUCGGAGCCAGUUUCAGUCAAACUCUCAAUGAUGCUACGAACGCCCUUGCCAACGCUGGUAUACUCGUAGUUGUUGCCGCUGGCAACAGUGCCGUGGAUGCAAGCACACAGUCUCCGGCUUCCGCGACUGGAGCGUGUACGAUUGGAUCCAUGUCAUAUUACAACUCGGCGAACACCUACUCCAACUUCGGGCCAAAAGUGGCUUUACACGCACCAGGCUUCCGCGUGCGAUCAGCGGGCAUCGCAGGUCCUAAUGCCGUGGCUGAAUUGUCCGGCACCAGCAUGGCAUCUCCACACGUUGCUGGAGUUGGAGCAUACUUGAUGAGUGUCAGCACUUCGUACACGGGAAGCAAUUUGUGCAAGAGGAUGCAGCAGUUUGCUACGCGGAAUCAGCUCAAGAAGGACGACGGCACAGCAUUGGGAAACAACACACCGAAUUUGAUUGUUUGGAACACGGCUACAAAGCCACGAUGA